CAUAAUCAACAAAAUAAACCAUGAUAAUAUUAAGAAAGCGUAUGCCUUGGGUGUUGUGGACGUUCAUUUUUAUAUACGGAAUCGGAUUAAUUUACGUCUCUUGCAACAAACGGAAUGAAUUUCGAAUAGCUUGGAUGGCUCCGAAGAAAGAAUAUUAUAAUUUGAGUGCUUCCUCUAGCGUUGGUGCACUAAAAGUGGCCUUAACGGCUAUGAGUCAAAACAGUGAUACAAAGCAAAUACAGUCUCUCCACAAUUCUACAAUAAAGGUCCGAUGGUACGAUACAGACUGCAAUGCAAAGAGUGCCUUGGCUGCUGCCGUAGACGCAAAAUCAAAAUUUGACCCGCAUCUUUUCCUUGGACCACCAUGCUCAGCCGGUAUGAGAGGAGUUGCCUUACUUGCCUCACACUGGAAUACACCCAUUUUUGGAUGGGUGUCACAGGAAGAAGAAUUUCAGGACAAAAAAAUGUAUUCCACCCUGGUACGAUUUCUAGGACCCCUUAAUCGGUUUCCUGGUGUUAUGUUCCAUAUGACGUCCCUCUUUAAAUGGAAUCAAUUCGCUGUGAUGUAUGAUGAACGGGAUCCAUAUCGAGCCGUGGCAUCUGCAAUUUCUGAGAAAAAAUCCAUCGAAAAUGACGAAGAUGAAACAAAAAAUUGGUACAGCAUCAUACGGUCCUUCAAGGUUUCCAAUGAUAUGGAAGAGAAAGAGAUAGAAGACAUGUUUAUUCAAUUAAAACGAUAUUCAAGAAUUAUCGUAAUGGCGUUACCCUGGUUAGACAUGCGGAGAUACAUGCUUGUUGCACAUAGACUAGGGAUGACAAAUGGAGAGUAUGCUUUUCUCUGCAUUCACGGCGAUCUCUACACGUAUGAUAGAAUGGAAACUGAUGUGUUUUCUGACAGGGUUUGGAGAAGAAAUGACUCGUUUGACGAGAUAGCUAAACAGGCGUUUGAACCAGUAUUGCAUAUUAUGAUGAAACCCCUUGAGAAAAAUAACUGGACACUUUUCAAAGCUGUUGCUGAUGAGUAUGGUGAUAAAACGGAUCCUAACUGGAAUCUACCUAUCGAUCCAUAUUUUCAGCCUGAUGCCUAUUCUCCUUAUCUUUACGAUGCAACUUUAAUGUGGGCAAUGUUAGCUGACAAAAUCUUAAAACAGAAUAAAAAUCCAGAUGAUGGAGAAUACAUGUUUAAGAUGGCAGCAACUUUAACAGAGGAAGAGGAAAUUGAUGGACUUACCGGAAGAGUUAACUUAGAUGACAAGGGAGAUAGAAAUCUUGACUUUCAAGUUCUCGACAUGUCUGAAAAUGGUACAUUCACUAGAAUUAUCACCAUUAAUUACCUCGGGAAAGGAAUAAGAGAGGUGAAUUUCGAGGGCAAUAAGACAACAGACCAAGUCAGUCGAUGGCCAAAUGAUAAAAUUGGUGUCCACAACGCCCCUCCAGAUGAACCUGAGUGUGGGUUUGACGGGAAGAAGUGUCCAGAGGAAAAUGAACAACCAGAUAAUACGUUCAUCAUUGUGUUCUCCUCUGCUGCAUCCGGAUUUGUUAUUGUCGUUGCAAUUAUCGUACACUGUGUUCUCAAGCGUUACAGAAGAAUCAAGACAUUGAAGAGUAUGAUUUGGCAGGUGCGAUUUGAGGAAAUUGACUUUGUUACCGCUUUGUUGACUGGCAGCGUUAGGUCUAGCUUUAAGAACCUUGCAAGAAGAAAAGGAAGUGGGAACAAAAGGAAAUCUCGUCCCAGCAGAACAGAGAGUCCGUUACAGAAUGACUUAAAAGUUUCCCCUGAUCAUUCACCUGCUUUUCUUAGUAAACCGGAACAGGGUACAAUGUUCGGUUCUGUAGCUUACAUCAGAGGAAGCCUGGUGUCCGUCAAGCGAUUGACACGAAGUAAUGUAAACUUGACUAACAUGCCAAAGCAAAUAUUGCAAGAGUUGAACAGGCUAAUGGAGCUGAAGCACCAGAACUGCUGUGCAUUUGUGGGGGCAUGUAUUGACCCAGGUCGGAUCCUUCUUUUGUGGGAAUACUGUGUCAAAGGAAGUCUACAGGAUGUUAUAUGGAACCAGAAUAUCAAGCUGGACAGGAUGUUUAUGUUCGCAUUGUCUCAAGAUAUUGCAAAGGGAUUAGACUUCAUCCAUAAGAGCUCCAUACAUUACCAUGGGAAUUUGAAAAGUUCAAAUUGUGUUGUGGAUAGCAGGUGGACUUGUAAACUUGGAGAUUUUGGAGUGCCUAGUCUUCGUCAUUGUGACAAAUGUCAAAAGGAGGAAGAAAAUCCAGACAAACUUCAAUGGACAGCCCCAGAGAUACUUCGAUCAGAGAAAUCAAUUGACAAACAGAAGGCAGACAUCUUUUCCCUUGGAGUGAUCCUCAAAGAAAUCUUUACUCGAUCAGGGCCUUACACGGAGUAUUCCUUUCUCAGAAGUAAAGAGAUUAUCGAUAAAGUGAGAAGUCCAGAUUGUGGGUCGCCACCCUUUCGUCCGAAACUUUCCGUGGAAGUUCGACAGACGCAGGAUUUGUUUGCAUUAAUUGAAGAGUGCUGGAAUGAAAAUAUCAUCAUCAGACCCUCUGCUGGGCGAAUUUUGAAAACACUAGCCAGAAUAAAUCCAUCCAAGAUGACGAUGAUAGACAAUAUGAUAGCUAUACUGGAGAAGCAUGCAAACCAUUUAGAAGAGUUGGUAGCGGAGAGAACGAGCGAACUGGAUGCUGAGAAGAAAAAGACAGAAAAUCUCCUGUAUAGAAUGCUACCACAAUCAGUAGCCGACGAUUUAAAGAAAGGAAAACCGAUAGAAGCGGAACAUUUUGACGAGACUACAAUUUACUUCUCUGAUAUUGUUGGAUUUACCACAAUAUGUGCUGGUAGUACACCAAUACAGGUCGUAAAUUUGCUUAACAGCUUGUACACACUUUUUGAUGACAUCAUCACAAGAUACGAUGUCUACAAGGUGGAGACUAUUGGAGAUGCUUACAUGCUUGUAAGUGGCCUACCGAAACGUAAUGGAAAUAGACACUCCAAAGAGAUCGCAGACUGUGCCAUGGAUAUAAUGGCUUCAAUCGGUUCUUUCAGUAUCCCACAUCAACCGAAUAACAAACUGAAAAUUAGAAUAGGAAUCCACUCUGGUCCGGUUGUGGCAGGAGUUGUUGGCCUUGCUAUGCCACGUUACUGUUUGUUUGGUGAUACUGUUAACACUGCUUCCCGUAUGGAGUCAACUGGUCUACCAUUAAAAAUUCACAUGAGUGCAGUAACUUAUGAUCAACUUGAAACGUUCGGAUGUUACCACAUCAUGUAUAGGGGUGAAACAACUGUGAAAGGAAAAGGAGUCAUGAAAACUUACUUUCUAGUUGGAAAGGAUGGUUUCUCAAAAGAACUGCCAUGUAUUACUGAAGAGGAAUUAACACUGAAAUUUUCUCCAUCUACCUCAAGUGAUCUGCAUUACAUGGGAGUCGGUACAACUUCACCAGUGACACCCAAAACAAGUGUUACGACUAUUAAAGAAAACGAGUUACAGAUAAGUUGUGAAAAGGAAACUUGUCCAUCGGAAGAGAGACGUCUUGCUCUUCCUCGGCGAGCCAGUAUGAUGGAGAUUUCGGCUUUAUGA